AUGGCGGCUGAGUCGGCUCAACCCAUUGUAUUCGACGGCAAGGAUCUCGGACGCGACGAAGCGAAUACCUCCAGCCAUUCCGCCUCCCUCUCUGAGAAAGAACAAAACGAAGGUAGCCAGAGACCACUCGAUCCCGACAUAGAACAUGGCAUUCCCAUUAUCGACACGAUCGAGGACGCGGACGAGAAGGCACCACCCGUCACAACCAUUGACCACGACCCAAAUAUCGUCGAUUGGGAUGGGUCAAAUGAUCCCGAGAAAGCCAUUAACUGGACCAACAAGAAGAAAUGGUCAAACGUGGCCAUUAUUUCGUCUGUCACCUUUCUGACACCGCUGGCUUCAUCUAUGGUUGCACCAGCCACACCAUUGAUCAUGAGAGAAUUCCAUUCAUCCAACGAGACGAUCGCAAGUUUCAUCGUCUCCAUUUACAUCCUAGGCUAUGCCCUGGGCCCUCUGUUCCUUGCACCUUGCAGCGAAAUAUGGGGUAGACUCCCCAUCUACCAUGCUUGCAACUUUUUGUUCGUUAUUUGGACGAUGGCUUGUGCUCUGGCGCCUGGGCUAGGGUCCUUGUUGGUGUUCCGCCUGCUAGCAGGGAUUGCAGGAAGUUGCCCGCUCACCAUUGGUGGUGGCUCAAUCGCAGAUCUCAUUGUCCAGGAGAAGAGAGGUGGUGCGAUGGCUUUGUUUGCAUUGGGACCGCUGAUGGGCCCCGUCAUCGGCCCGGUGGCAGGUGGAUAUCUUGGUGAAGCCGAAGGCUGGCGUUGGAUUUUCUGGGUCAUCACGAUCGCGGGCGGUGUCGCAUUAUGUUUCUCAGUGAUCUUCAUGCGGGAGACAUUCGAGCCAGUUCUCCUGGAGCGGCGGGCAAAACGACUUCGGAAGGAGACUGGUAAUCCCAACCUACGUUCCAAGCUCGAUCAGGGUAUUCCCACGCGCGACUUCUUCAUCCGUGCGCUUGUUCGACCCACCAAAAUGCUCAUCUUCUCCCCGAUCGUCCUCUUGCUAUCCAUCUACAUGGCAGUGGUCUACGGCUACCUCUACCUUCUCUUCACCACGCUCACCAUUGUCUUCGAAGGGCAAUAUCAUUUCAGCCAAGGCACAGUCGGGCUGAGUUUCCUCGGUAUUGGUAUUGGUUCCAUGACUGGACUGGUCAUUUUUGGAGCACUGUCGGACAAAGUCGUCAAGAAGAUGUCGGCCAAGGGUGAAAUGAAACCUGAAUACCGGCUGCCGCCGCUCAUUCCUGGGAGUCUGGUCAUCCCAAUUGGCUUGUUUUGGUACGGAUGGUCUGCAGACAAAGCCAUCCAUUGGAUUAUGCCCAUCAUUGGCACUCUUUUCGUUGGGCUGGGCUUGCUCGCAACUUUCAUGCCGGUGCAGACCUAUCUCGUCGAUGCAUACCACAUUCAUGCUGCCUCAGCGAUCGCCGCCAACACUGUUUUGAGGAGUUUAAUGGGUGCUUUCCUCCCGCUGGCGGGGCCCGAUAUGUACGCGGCUCUCGGCCUAGGCUGGGGCAAUUCUCUGCUUGCAUUCAUUGCGCUCGCUUUGGCGCCGACGAGUUGGAUCUUCUUCCGGUACGGCGAGAGAAUUCGGAAGAGAUACCCCGUCAAAUUGUGA